UCUUCUACACUUCCGCUUCUAUCCUUCACUGUCUCCCUCAUCGCUUAUAUUAUUUGAGUUUUAAUAUUAAAAAAAAGACAAAUCAACAUUAAAAAUUGAAGAGAGGGGAGGGGAGCCCCAGCCCCACUGUUUGUUUUGUCGACAGACCCAAUUCCUUGCGCGGCUUUAUCUCCGCAGAUCAAAAGAGUAGAGCAAAAUAAACUCAACAAAGAGGGUACUACUACUACUAGUACGCGAAACAAUAUGAAGCUGUCGGCUUGCCAUUCUCUAUUCCCGGUGUUCCUCUGUUUCUCUUGACUAGAGAGAGUUGUCAUUCUGCGUACCUAGCUGAGGAGAAUUUCUUUGAUGUGGAAUUUGUAAAGUUUUGAUCUUGGUUAUGUUUUGAAUAAAUGCCUGUGCUCAUCUAGAGAGAGAGAGAGAGAGAGGGAGAGUGAUGGGAUCUGGGAAUGGGUAUUAUGGAGGAACAGAAUUUAGUUUGGACCCCAAAUGGGUGGUCGAUCCGAAGCUUCUAUUUGUUGGCCCGAAGAUUGGAGAAGGCGCCCACGCCAAAGUCUACGAGGGAAAGUACAAAAACAAGAAUGUUGCUAUCAAAAUUGUGCAUAGAGGAGAGACACCUGAUGAGAUUGCAAAGAGAGAGGGCAGAUUCGAUAGAGAAGUUGCAAUGCUGUCGAAAGUCCAGCACAAGAACUUAGUUAAGUUCAUUGGAGCUUGUAAGGAGCCUGUUAUGGUCGUGGUAACCGAGCUUCUACUUGGUGGGACGUUGAGGAAGUAUUUGCUAAACCUACGGCCAAGGUGUCUUGAUAUGCGGGUUGCUAUUGGGUUUGCCCUUGACAUAGCUCGUGCAAUGGAAUGCUUGCAUUCUCAUGGAAUCAUACACCGGGACUUGAAGCCUGAGAACUUGCUCUUGACAGCAGACCACAAAACCAUCAAACUUGCGGAUUUUGGUUUGGCACGAGAAGAGUCGUUGACAGAGAUGAUGACUGCUGAGACUGGAACCUAUCGCUGGAUGGCGCCAGAGCUUUAUAGUACGGUGACACUUAGACAGGGAGAAAAGAAGCACUAUAACCACAAGGUGGACGCAUACAGUUUUGCCAUUGUGUUGUGGGAGCUCAUACAUAACAAGUUGCCGUUUGAAGGCAUGUCGAAUCUGCAGGCAGCCUAUGCUGCUGCGUUCAAGAACGCAAGGCCAAGUGCCGAAGAACUUCCACAGGAUUUGGCCUUAACCGUGACUUCGUGUUGGAAGGAGGAUCCGAACGACCGGCCCAACUUCACUCAGAUAAUACACAUGCUCCUGCACUAUCUAUCCAUGAUCUCACCUCCCGAGCAUGCUAUCCCACCGCGGAUCUUCACCUCGGAGAAUGCCGUCUUCCAUCCGGAGUCUCCGGGCACCAGCUCGUUGAUGGCCAAGAGAGACGACAACUGCGACACCCCAAAGACGCCCAUGGAAAGCAAGCCAAGAGGGUUUUUCUUCUGCUUUAAUCACUGCUACUAAUAAUAUCUAGAUAGCUUUUCCUCCUAAAAAGUGGAAAAUUUAAGCAGGAUAAAAACCUUUUAACUGUGACUGUGUGUGUAAAUUAUGGAGUUUGGGUUGCUGUGAUGUAUUGUAGGUGUAAAAUAAGGUGCAUCCAAAGGCCUUUGACUCCAUUGAUAUGGUAGAACAAAACUCAGUUACCCAAUAAACAUGCAGCGACAAUCGCUGCUGCUUAUUUUCCUAUCAA